GCCAAACAUUGAGUAAUUCAACUUUCUGAACUGUCCGCGGCGCAGUUCCGUUUCAGUUUGUUUUUCGCCACCGUCCAAUUGAAGCCUUUACGGUGGUGUUGAUAGCCUGGCGGUUGACUUUUUUUGCCUCUACGCUUCUGCGCGACCGUGGCUUGUCUAUUUGGGAUGGGGGCCGUUUUUGGAUCGCGGAUGCUGGAGUUGAGAUGUUGAUGGUGGUGUUUUUCCAGUUUGAGGCUGCUCAAAGUUCUUUUCUGCGUGUUUGCGUUUGAGGGUUACUCGAGUUGAUUUAAAUAGAGCGAAUCCCUCUUUCUAGAGUGAAUAUUUUGGUAUCAUCAUCAAUACAUUGACUGUCUUCUUACCUUUAAACCUAUCGCUGCAACUCAAGCUUAUAGCAACCAUACAACCAACCAACCAGUCUACUUCUGAACCAACAAAACAAACCAACAUGUCGUCUUCCACUGCCAACCAAGCCUACAACUACGUCUACAGCAACCCCUCAGAUGGCUCGACUUACACUGGAGGCCAGGCCACUUCCAGCGGCACUAUGCUUAACCAGUGGGCCAACACUCAAGACCGCACAGAACGAUUCUACGCCACAGGCCAAAAGACUGGCCACGGUGUAUGGGAAGGCAUGGAUAAGACUCUCGCUUUCGAUAGAGACUUUAAUGGAAGGAAAUGAGAAUAUCAAUGGAUAUAUGUUGUAGCAAAAGAUUGGGAGGAUUGUGGCUGUGAACUUUUAGCGUGGCGUUGGGGAUAGAAUUGGAGCCUUCAAGUUGUUUCCUUCUGGGCAUUGUAUAACGCAUUUGGCAUUUCACCUCUGAUAGGAUACCAUCUUACUCAAUUCAAUUUACCUCUGCUUAUCACUUGCAUAUUUAACUG